CAGAGAAACGGAAGUGACGUAUUAAUAUGGAGUUAUGAUCAUGGCAGAUGGAGAAAACGAUGUUGUUCUAAGUUUUAACGACAGUUUAGUGCGGAAAUCUGAUAUUGAUUUACUUGACGGUCCUCAUUGGCUAAAUGAUAUUUUAAUAGGCUUUUGUUUCGAAUAUUUUGAACGAGAGAAAUUCAAUCAUUCAGCAGAUAGACUAGCAUUGAUAGUUCCUGAUGUGGCACAAUUUAUUAAGCUAGCUCCAGCUGCAGAUCUUACUUCUAGCCUUGAAUCACUUAACCUGCCAACAAAACAGUUUGUAUUUCUACCUGUCAAUGACAACGAAAAUGCAGAGACAGCAGGCGGCUCUCAUUGGAGUUUAUUAGUGUACAUAAGAAGUAAACAAGAGUUUAGACAUUACGAUUCCUGUACCAGACAUAAUGAAGAUAUUGCCAAAAAAUUAGCAUAUAAAAUACAGCCUCAUGUGCAUGCCCCUAUGGGAAGAAUGAAGUUUAUAGAAAUGGACGGACCUCAACAAGAAAAUGGUUAUGACUGUGGAGUUUAUUUGAUAGCUACAGCAGAACAUUUAUGUAAGGAGUUGUGCGAAGGUUACAACAUUCAUCUGAACGAUUUAGUGACUCAGGAAUAUGUAAGAAUUAAACGCAACCAAAUUAAAGAACUUAUACAUCAAGUUGUCGAAGAAUUUGGAAUUCGCAGUUGACAGUCCAAUAUUUUAGAUGAAAUCUAGAAAUCAAAAGUGGAAAUCUGUACCUAAUAGAGAUAUGUAUUUUGUUGGGCGAAAAUGAGCUGUUUUCUUCGCUGAGAAGUAUUGAGGAAGUAGGACUAACAGCAUUAAACCGGAAGAUUUUUUGUUGUUCUAAUCUUUGUUACUUUGUUUUAUAUUAGACAAAUUUUUGAAUAUGUAAUUUUUUCUGAAACAAUUUUUUUUUCUUAGCAAUUUUAAAGCAGGUCAGUUAGUACAAUUAAUACGAAUAACCUCUGAAUUUAAUAACCUCUAAUAACCUUUGUUUCAGUAUUGAUAUUGCGUAAUUGAUUGUAUUAAUAAGUUAUUGCAAGUGUAACAGUUCGCUGAAUGUGGUUUGAAUAUAUACAAAAUGAAAAA